AGGAUUAUGCAUUCAAUAACAUCUACUUUUUUCAACAACAUCUACUCUCAAAUUUUGAAGCGGCGGUCUCUUCCCUCUUCGUAGGGUUUGGCAAUUUCGUCGAUCUGGUGCGGCUCGUGCAAGGCGAACAGAAGCAGAGGAUAGUAGAUGAAGACGAAUGGCUCAAAUCAGCAGGUAAUCGGCGGCCAGCAUGAAGCGAAGGAGGAGAGCCCAGGCGAGAAGUAUGUGGGACGAGAAGAGUUGCACGAGAUUCGAAUAGGUCAGAUUUCGAUCGACAAUGGAGGUUCAAUUAGAGUGGUACCAAUGAUACGGCCUCCUCCUGAACCACCGCCAUGGGUUGUACGAGGUGCUAGAGUCCGUGAUAGUUUUCGUAUUAGUUAUUAUUAUUUUGUCAUUUGGUUUCUUAUUAUCGUUUUGGUUGUUAGGUCUAUCAGUUUAUUUGGGAUGUUAGCCUCUUUUAAUUUUGUCAAGACUCUAGAACCUAGGACAGGUGAUGGGGAACUUAGUUUACUAGUCAUUGGCUCAAGUAAGCUCAAUUUAGGAUCAGCGAAUCUGGGUGCUUCAUUAGAGGUGGCAGAUUCUAAGUCUGGUUCAAGUGCAGACGGUAGACUAUGUGUGUCUUUGUCUGUUUGUACCCUGCUUACGUUCUUUCUUAUUAAUAUAAGCCACCCACUUCUAAAAAAACAUCUACUCUCAUGUAUUCUAAACACCUUGGUGAAUUUGAACGAGAGCAAAGUACAGGGAUUUUAAUUUAUUUGUUCUCGAC